UCUGUCCGCGUGAAGAGGAAGAUGGCCCGCACGAAGCAGACGGCUCGCAAGUCGACUGGCGGGAAGGCGCCUCGCAAGCAGCUGGCGACCAAAGCCGCCCGCAAGAGCGCGCCGGCCACGGGCGGAGUGAAGAAGCCUCAUCGCUACCGGCCGGGCACCGUGGCGCUGCGCGAGAUCCGCCGCUACCAGAAGUCGACGGAGCUGCUGAUCCGCAAGCUGCCUUUCCAGCGCCUGGUGCGCGAGAUCGCGCAGGACUUCAAGACGGACCUGCGCUUCCAGAGCUCGGCCGUGAUGGCUCUGCAGGAGGCGAGCGAGGCUUACCUGGUGGGCCUGUUCGAGGACACCAACCUGUGCGCCAUCCACGCCAAGCGCGUCACCAUCAUGCCCAAGGACAUCCAGCUCGCCAGGCGCAUCCGCGGAGAGAGGGCCUGAGAAGCGUCCGCCCGCCUGCGUCCCCACAACACGAAUUCUGUUUCAACCACAAAGGCUCUUUUAAGAGCCACCACAUGGUCUUGGAAAGAGCUCGCACGAUGCUAAACUACCUCUUGCCUCCAUGGAACUCUUAA